AUAGAACAAGUGGAGCUGAGCUCAACAAAGUCAUUGCUGUAACAGUGUGUGAAGAGAGCAGAAGAGGGGAAAUACAAUCUGAGAACUAAACUGCCAAAGCCUAACACCACCUAGCAACAGUUGAAAAAUUUUUUAAACAAAAGUCUGGGUGUGAGACAGACAGAGCAUACCUCCUAUUUCUCCUGACUGGGAUUUCCGUGAGGAGAAACUACGUUCCUCUUCUGUUCUCUACCCUAUUUUCUGCACUACUUCAACUGCUGGAAGACCUAGAAGAGUGGAAAAGGCUUAUCUCUGUGGGUGCUUCUGCACUGGACACUUUUCCAAGUCUUAAAUCUGCCUGGGUAGUGUGGAGCAAGCUGCUGUGAUCUACCAAGAACAAACUGACAUUUCAGAAUACAUUCCUAGGUUCCUACUGCUGUCAGGUGGGGAUGAGAUCCCGAAACCAAGGUGGAGAAAGCUCUCCUAAUGGGCAUUUCUCCAGUUCUAAGCCCAUUGUCAGCAAUGCAGAGAAUGAAAACCUUCAGGAAGAUGCCAAUAAAAAGAACAAAUCUCAUCGAAAGGAAGAGGAGGUCAUGGUCUCAGGGACUGUAAAACAACACUUAAAGUCACCGGCACCUGGUGAACGAAAGAACAAGAAAUCCAUAGAACUUUCUAAAGAGGACUUAAUCCGGCUCCUCAGUAUAAUGGAAGGAGAACUGCAGGCUAGAGAAGAUGUCAUCCACAUGCUGAAGACAGAGAAAACUAAACCUGAAGUUUUAGAGGCUCACUAUGGAUCAGCAGCUCCAGAGAACGUGCUGCGAGUGUUGCAUAGGGAUGCCAUCCUUGCUCAAGAAAAAUCCGUAGGGGAAGAUGUCUAUGAGAAACCCAUUUCAGAGCUGGACAGACUGGAAGAAAAGCAGAAAGAGACAUAUCGACGCAUGUUGGAACAGCUCCUCUUGGCUGAGAAGUGCCAUCGGCGCACAGUUUAUGAGCUGGAAAACGAGAAGCAUAAACAUACAGAUUACAUGAACAAGAGCGAUGACUUUACCAACCUCUUGGAGCAGGAGCGUGAAAGGUUAAAGAAGCUUCUCGAACAGGAAAAAAUCUAUCAAGCUCGCAAGGAGAAAGAACAUACAAAGAGACUCAAUAAACUGAGAGACGAAUUGGUCAAACUCAAGUCAUUUGCACUCAUGCUGGUGGAUGAGAGACAAAUGCAUAUUGAACAACUUGGUCAGCAAAGUCAGAAAAUACAAGAUCUUGCUCAAAAACUAAAGGAGGAAGAAGAAAAGCUUAAAGUUAUUAGUUCAAAAACAAAAGAAGAUGGACAAAAAUUGAUGAAAUUAGAAGCAGAACUUGAACACAAGACAUUAUCAUUUUCUCAAGAGCAUGAGGAGAUGACCGCUAAACUGGGUAAUCAAGAGUCACAUAAUAGACAGCUGAGACUUAAGCUGGUUGGUUUGACUCGUAGAAUUGAGGAGCUAGAGGAAACUAAUAAAAAUCUUCAAAAGGCUGAGGAAGAACUUCAGGAAUUAAGAGAUAAAAUAGCAAAAGGAGAAUGUGGAAACUCUAGCUUGAUGGCUGAAGUGGAAAACCUACGCAAGCGUGUACUUGAAAUGGAAGGCAAAGAUGAGGAGAUCACAAAAACUGAAUCCCAAUGUAGAGAGCUGAAAAAGAAACUGCAAGAGGAAGAACAUCAUAGCAAAGAGCUGAAAUUUGAAGUGGAAAAGUUGCAAAAGAGAAUGUCAGAACUGGAGAAGCUGGAAGAGGCUUUUAGUAGAAGUAAGUCUGAAUGUUCCCAGUUGCACUUAAAUCUGGAGAAAGAAAAGAAUUUAACCAAAGACUUAAUAAGUGAGUUGGACAUGGUAAAGACUCGAGUGAAAGAUCUUGAAUCUUCAGAAAGUAAGUUGGAAAAAGCUGAACUAAGCUUAAAGGAGGACCUUACCAAGCUGAAGUCAUUUACUGUCAUGCUGGUGGAUGAAAGAAAAAAUAUGAUGGAAAAAAUAAAGCAGGAAGAAAGAAAAGUUGAAGGUCUGAACAAAAAUGUUAAGGUAGAACAAGGUAAAGUUAUGGAUGUGACUGAGAAAUUAAUAGAUGAAAGUAAGAAACUUUUGAAACUGAAAACUGAAAUGGAGGAAAAAGUGUCCAGUUUAACAAAGGAAAGAGAUGAGUUAAUUGGGAAACUGAAAACUGAAGAAGAAAAAUCCUCUGAACUGAGUUGUAGAGUUGAUUUGUUAAAGAAAAGAAUUGAAGGUAUAGAGGAAGUAGAAAGAGAAAUAGCAAGAGGUCGAGCCAGAAAAGGACAAGAACUUGCUUAUCAUGAGGACAACAAGAUUAAAGAACUAACCAUUGAAAUUGAAAGACUGAAAAAACGUCUCAAACAAUUGGAAGUGGUUGAAGGAGACUUGAUGAAGACAGAGGAUGAAUAUGAUCAGCUGGAGCAGAAAUUUAGGACUGAGCAGGACAAAGCUAACUUCCUUUCUCAACAACUGGAGGAAAUGAAGCUCCAGAUUGCUAAAAACAAAGCAAUAGAGAAGGGUGAAGUGGUGAGUCAGGAAGCAGAGUUGAGGCACAGGUUUCGGUUAGAAGAAGCUAAAAGCAGAGAUUUGAAAGCAGAAGUGCAAGCUCUUAAGGAAAAAAUUCAUGAGCUGAUGAACAAAGAAGACCAGCUUUCCCAGCUCCAAGUUGAUUAUUCCGUUCUUCAGCAAAGAUUUAUGGAAGAAGAAGAUAAAAACAAAAAUAUGGGUCAGGAAGUCCUGAACUUAACAAAAGAGUUAGAGCUUUCUAAGCGUUACAGUCGUGUCCUCAGACCCAGCAUGAAUGGUAGAAGAAUGGUAGAUGUUCCUGUGACAUCAACUGGGGUGCAGACUGAUGCAGUAAGCAGUGAAGCAGCAGAAGAAGAAACCCCAGCUGUGUUUAUAAGGAAAUCCUUCCAAGAGGAAAAUCACAUCAUGAGUAAUCUGCGACAGGUAGGGCUGAAAAAACCCACAGAGCGUUCAUCUGUGCUUGACAGGUAUCCCCCAGCAGCAAAUGAGCUUGCAAUGAGGAAAUCUUGGAUACCAUGGAUGAGAAAAAGAGAGAAUGUGUCCCAAGGCGCUCCUGAUAAAGGAGCCCGAACACGAGGUAGCCCAGGACAUCCUGGAGAGGUUGUCCUUUCCCCAAAGCAGGGGCAACCUCUUCAUAUUCGGGUGACUCCAGAUCAUGAGAAUAGUACAGCUACUCUGGAGAUAACUAGCCCAACAUCUGAGGAAUUCUUUUCAAGCACCACUGUCAUUCCAACCUUGGGAAAUCAGAAGCCACGGAUUACCAUCAUUCCUUCUCCAAAUGUGUCACAAAAAGGAAAAGGUGGCGAGAGCUCAGUGGGCCCAGAGCGUGCUAUGUCACCGGUUACUAUAACUACAUUCUCCAGAGAAAAGUCCUCAGAUGGAGGGAGAGCUCCUUUCAUGGAAAGACCCACGUCCCCAAUUCAGAUUAUGACAGUAUCUACGUCUGCAGCACCAGCAGAAAUCUCUGUUUCUCCAGAAUUGCAGGAUAUGACUAUGGGAAGGGCUGUUUUCAAAGUAACACCAGAAAAACAAACUGUCCCAACCCCAAUCCGGAAGUACAAUGCCAAUGCCAACAUUAUAACAACAGAGGACAACAAAAUUCACAUUCACUUAGGUUCUCAGUUUAAACGCUCCCCUGGUGUUGCUUCUGAAGGAGCUAGUCCUGUGAUAACAGUCAGACCAAUGAAUGUAGCAGCAGAAAAGGAGGUUAUGACUGGUACCGUCCUUCGUUCCCCCAGGAACCAUUUCUCCUCCAGGCCCGGAGCAAGCAAAGUGACAAGUACCAUAACUAUAACUCCGGUUACAACAUCAUCCACACGAGGAACACAAUCAGUGACAGGACAGGAUGGGUCAUCACAGAGACCUACACCCACCCGUAUCCCUGUGUCAAAAGAGAGUGUCAUCAUUCAUCAGUUACGCAUGAACUCUAGAUGAGAUACCAUACCCAAUGUAUUCUAUAUGUGUGCACUUCCUCUGCACACCAGUUGGAUGGAUCACUGUUGAAGCCCUCUACCACUAUCACCAUGGUCUCCUGUGCUACUGAUCACUGACAGAAGUUUUUUACUGCUUCCGUUGGAUUAUAAAGAUUAUUUGUAGAGUUUUUAAAACUAAUGGCCGUGUUGAUAUUUUGAAAAUAUGUAGAGAGAGAGAAAAGCAGUUAUGGUGCCAGCUGAAUGUUACUCUUAUUUUGGAAAGCCUAAGGCACCUGCUUGAUUUUGUUUGGUGGUGUUUGCCAUAUAAUUUAUUUUUAUAAAACACUUUAAUGUAACUUUCCCCAAACCUUCCAAUUGCUACUGUCCAUGGCAUGUUAAUUUGUAGAAUACACUGUCAAAAUUCUUAGUGUUGAUUGAUAUUUUUGUAUUAAAGACAGUAAAGAAAGUUUAAAUUUUAAUUUGAACAGAGCUUUCUUUAUUUUUAAAUGUUAAUUUUUUCUUUAAAUGUAUGCAACACAUUUUCCUGCCACCAUAUAACUGUGAGACUAAAUGCUCAAAGGACUGCCAUACAGGGUAUACUGGUAUAGAAUUUUUCUUGUACUGUGCAGCGAUUCAGCAUAAAACUUAAUACUAACAAACCAAAGCCCUGAAGUACUACCUGAAUUUAAAGAUUCUUUUUAAACAUUGUAAACCAGUUUUCACUAAGCUGUGAUUAUUAUUAUUAUUUUACAAUAUGUUUUUACUUCUGCCUGUACUGAAAAAAGUCAAUUUUCAUCACACUGUAACAAAUAAAUUUCCACAAGAAUACAAAUGUAAUGAAGUGUUUGGAUUAUGCCACAAAUAUCAUAAGGCUGACAAUGCUGAAAUUUAUCUUGUUUGUUUUAUUUUAUAGUAAGUACUACUGAUAAAAAAGGAAUUGUAUGGUUUUUGUAGUUGCCAUCUUCAGGCUGGUAUUUCAUUACAAUAUCACAGUGCAUACUACAUGCAUCCAGAUAUUGUCAGUGCUGUGAAGAAAGAUCUAGCAUCUGGCAAAAUUAAUGAUGCCAUUGUUUCUAACUUUGAGUUUUCACUAUGCUAUCAAAUAUCACAUCUAUAUAAGUAUAAGGAAACUGUAUUGUAAAGAUGGCCAAAUGAUCGUAAAACAACAAGACCCUAUGUAUGCCACUGCAAGGUGAUCUUAAAUUUUACAGCAGUGGCCCUUCGAUGAUUGAUGCUGCAUUCUGAAGCAUAAUGAGAAUUCUGUGGCAGCUACAUUUGAAUUAAAAAUGGAUUUUUAAAUGAAUUAUAUAUGAAAUUGAAUAGAACCUGUAUGGUAUCCCUCAUGCUAUUUAUUUUUUAUAAUAAAUUCAUUUUAUUUUAAAUUUUC